CAGCGAUGCACGAGGCCAAGCUAGUGGAGGAGUGUGAUGAGCUGUGUAGAGAUCAUACGCCAGAGGAAACAGAUCAUCGCUGUCAAGAUCAAGGAGUCCAAGGUGAUGAAGCUGCGAAAGCUGGCCCAGCAGAUGGCUAACUGCAGACAGUGUCUGGAACGUUCCGGAGCCCUCAUCACCCAGGCAGAACACAGCCUGAAGGAGAACGACCACGCUCGCUUCCUACAGACCGCCAGGAACGUGGCCGAGAGGGUUGCCAUGGCCACGGCCUCAUCCCAGGUGCUGAUUCCAGAUGUGAACCUGAACGAAGCCUUUGAUAACUUUGCCCUGGACUUCUCCCGAGAGAAGAAGAUCCUAGAGGGACUGGACUACCUGACAGCUCCCAGUCCUCCCUCCAUACGUGAUGAGCUGUGUACCGCCUCCCACGACACCAUCACAGUUCACUGGACGUCUGAGGACGAGUUCAGCGUCACCUCCUACGAACUGCAGUACACCAUCUACACCGGCCAGACCAACUUCAUCA